GAUUUUGGGUUGUACACCUUUUCUUCUUAAAACUUCCUGUAAAGAAAAGAAAAUCAGAAUCGGAGAGAGAGAAAGGUAACAUUUUUUUCUGUGGAAAAGAGAGAGAAACUUCCAUUGAGAUUGGCGAAAUCGUCGUGGUUGCAAUAGAAAAGGCAAGGAAAAAUAAACAAUUUUCCCGGAUAAGGGAAUAAAAAAAUUCAUUGUAAGACGUUUGUUUGUCGUUGAGAUUUGAUCCUUUGCUUUCACUCCCUUGUUCUUGGAUCUUUGUCUCGUUGUGCUAUCCCAAUCCUUCUCUAUAACACUUUUUCCCCCAUCUUUCUCCUGUUAAUUUUUGUUCAUUGAUUCUUGAAGAACAAAAGAUCGUGUUUUGAGUCUCGUGCACCAGAAUCUGCUUCAAAUUCAAUUCUGGGUCGGUUUCAGUUUCUCCAAAAGAUUCAUCCUCUUUGUUGCAUCGUUUGUGCCCGAGGUUUUAAGGUUCGAUGAAGCGGCAAUGAGGUGUGUGGCUGUGAAAUGGAGGUUAGAUCAGAGGGCAUACAAGUGAGGUGUGAUAAAUUUUCGGGUCCUGUGAUUCCCAGGACACGUUUGAGGAUUUGGUUCAUUCGUGUGUGCUCAAGCAUUGUGCUGUGGACGUGUCUGGUUCAGUUAGUGACAGUGAGUGAACUAUGGCAUUCACAUUUGAUUUCUGGGAUUACUAAUGGUAUAUAUCACAUAGCCCAAGUUCAGCUUCCAAUACAAGAGGAUAAUGGGGUUUAUCAAUCGCCUCCUGCUUUUCUUCCCCGAAGAAAUUAUACAAGUAAUGGUUUUCUAAGAGUUUCCUGCAAUGGGGGCUUGAAUCAAAUGCGUGCUGCGAUUUGUGAUAUGGUGUCUGUUGCUCGGUUUUUGAAUCUCACAUUGGUUGUUCCGGAGCUUGAUAAGACAUCAUUUUGGGCAGACCCUAGCAAUUUUGAGGACAUUUUUGAUGUGAAGCAUUUCAUUGAUUCUCUAAGAGAUGAAGUUCGGAUAGUGAAAAGAGUGCCCAAAAAGUUCAAUGGCAAACGUGGAUACUCUACCUUGGAGAUGCCUCCUGUUAGCUGGUCUAAUGAAAAAUAUUACUUGGAACAGAUUUUACCACUUUUUGGAAAACAUAAGGUGUUACAUUUCAACAAAACUGAUUCCCGUCUAGCAAACAAUGGUCUUCCACUUGAUUUACAGAAACUCAGGUGUCGUGUCAAUUUCCAGGCACUUAAGUUCACUCCUCAAAUUGAAAAUUUGGGGCACAAAUUGAUUCAGAUGCUUCAUGAGAAGGGACCUUUUGUGGCAUUGCAUCUCAGAUAUGAGAUGGACAUGUUGGCUUUCUCUGGUUGUACCCAUGGUUGCACUGAUAAAGAAGCUGAAGAGCUCAAGCAGCUGAGGUAUGCUUUCCCUUGGUGGAAAGAAAAGGAGAUCAUUUCUGAGGAGAGGAGAUCACAGGGCUUAUGUCCUCUGACACCAGAGGAGGCAGCCUUAGUUCUGCGAGCCUUAGGUUUUGGUAGGGAGACUCAGAUCUAUAUUGCAGCUGGUGAGAUUUAUGGUGGUGAACGCAGACUUGCACAAUUGAGAUCUGUAUAUCCACGAAUUGUGAAAAAGGAAACAUUGCUAACCUGGGAUGAGUUGCGGCAGUUCCAGAAUCAUUCAUCUCAGAUGGCAGCCUUGGAUUUUAUGGUUUCAGUAGCCAGUAACGCAUUUGUUCCUACCUAUGAUGGGAACAUGGCAAAACUAGUGGAAGGUCAUCGCAGGUAUUCUGGUUUUAAAAAGACCAUCUUAUUGGACCGAAAAAAGGUGGUAGAAUUAGUUGACAUGCAUCAAAAUGGAACCCUUUCAUGGAUUCAGUUUGCAGAUGCUGUGAGAGUGGUUCAUGAGAGGAGAAUUGCUCAGCCAACUAGGCGUAGAGUUAUCUUAGAUAAGCCAAAGGAAGAGGACUACUUCUAUGCCAAUCCUCAUGAGUGCCUCUGUGAGGAAACAAAUUGUGAUGACUUGCUAGGUCCUCAUAACUCUAGUAAGGUAUCAUCAUGAGUUUGGAGGAGGAAUCCAAAAUAUGCAUUCAUUCUUCCUCAGGUGCUGUGCUAAGAAUCAAGAUUACAGCCCUCACAGGAAUUUUGUAGGGAACAAGCAAAGGAGUAAAAAUAACAAGCAAAGAGAGAAGCAUUAGCUUAUAUUGUGUGGCUGGCAAAAGUUCAUUUUUUCCUUCAUUAGUUAAUUUUUUCUUCUUCUUCUUCUUCUUCUUCUUCUUCUGUCUCUUAAUAGUUUCAUUCAAUGAAUAUUUGACAAUUCAAAUUCAAAUUAAGUAUACCAUAAAAUAGGAUAAAAUAGAAGGAGUAACUCAUCAUCGUAUCCUAAAAGGAUAUCAUUUAAUGAAUUGGAGUAUUGAUGGAGAAUUUUAUUUCCUAGAA